AUGGCGGGUCCCCUGCUGGAGUUUGAAACGGAAAUGUUCCUGAACCUGUUCGGCUGUGACGGGCUGCUCGUGGUGGCCGAAGGGAUGGGGAUAGACCGCAUCCUGCUGCAGUUCAUGCGGGUCUACUCGGAGCAAGGAAGCCUGGUUCUCCUACUUAACACCACCACCCCGGAACAGGAGUAUUUCACGGAGCAGUUGCGAGUGGAAGGUGUGACGCACUUGCCGAGGACCGUGACCAGCGAAGUCCAAGGUACCGAGCGAUACAACGUUUACACGGAGGGAGGCGUGAUGUUUGUCACCAGCAGAAUUCUGGUGGUCGACUUUCUCACCGACCGCAUACCUGCUCAUCUCAUAUCAGGCAUCCUGGUGUACCGCGCUCAUAAAAUCAUCGAGUCAUGUCAGGAAGCGUUCAUCCUCCGACUUUUCCGACAGAAAAACAAGACGGGUUUCAUCAAAGCCUUCACCGACAAAGCCGCGGCUUUUUCCACCGGUUUCUGCCAGGUGGAGCGCGUGAUGAGGAACCUCUUUGUCAAGAAGCUCUACCUUUGGCCCAGGUUCCAAGCAUCGGUGAACACAGCCCUAGACAGACACAAGCCAGAUGUUGUAGAGCUGCACGUAUCACUGACGCCUUCCAUGAGGGCUAUCCAGAGCUCCAUCCUGGACAUCAUGGGCGCCUGUCUGAAGGAGCUGAAGCGCUACAAUCCCACUUUGGAGGCGGAGGAUCUGUCCUUGGAGAACACGCUCAGUAAUGCUUUUGAUAAGACCAUCCGUCAUUACCUGGACCCCUUAUGGCACCAGCUAGGAGCCAAGACAAAGGCGCUAGUCCAAGACCUGAAGGUUCUGAGGGUUCUGCUUCUCUACCUCACCCAGUACGACUGCGUCACAUUCCUCAAUCUUCUCGAGUCCCUCCGCACGAGUCAAAAGAACUUUGGCUCCAACUCGGGGUGGCUCUUCUUGGACUCUAGUACCUCAAUGUUUGUGAACGCCAGGAGCAGAGUGUACCAUAUCCCAGAAAGCAAAAAGAAAGUCAAAGCGGAAUCCGAAGGAGAGAAAAAACAGCCAGCUGCCGCUUCAGAGGUGAGGCGGGUGCUCGUGCUGGAGAAAAGCCCCAAGUGGGAGGCUCUGACGGAGGUCCUGCAGGAGAUUGAACGUGAGAACAACAAGUCUCAGCAUGAACCAGGUCGUGUUUUGAUCUGCGCCAGCGAUGACAGAACUUGCGCUCAACUGCAACAGUACAUCAGGCACGGCGCCGAGUGGCUUCUAAAGCGAAUGUACGCCCGCACCGUCGCCAAACGAGACCCUUCGGCCGCCUCUGUUCACUUGCCCGGCCGUAAAAAAACCAACGGCCUCGUCAAAGGAAAGGGCCGAGGGAAGGAACAGAAAAAAAAGCCCGCCAAGGCUAAAAGCAAACCCUCAUUAACCUUGACUCAGAUGGUCGGCAAAGAUCGGGAGGCGGCGAUGGGCGGCAGCGAGGAUGACGACGAUGACGACGACAUCUUUGGCCAAGAAGACGAAAUGGCGGAGGAAGAUGCUCUUAAGCUGGAUUUGUCAUCCGAUGCAUACUAUGCUAUUCUGAAGGAACCUCUGAUGGUCAUUCACCCCCUAAAGGGCUGCACGGACCCCCACAGCCUGACGCGGGUGCUACAUGAAGUGGAACCCACCUUCAUCGUGCUGUACGACGCCGAACUCAGCUUCGUGCGCCAGCUGGAGCUCUACAAAGCUUGUCGACCUGGCAAACCGCUCAGGGUGUACUUCCUCAUCUAUGGCGGCUCAACAGAGGAACAGAAAUAUCUGACCGGGCUGUCCAAGGAAAAGAAAGCCUUUGAACAUCUCAUUAGGGAAAAGGCUACUAUGGUCAUCCCAGAAGAGAGGGAGGGUCGGGAAGACACCAACUUGGACCUCGCCAGAAAUUUGGAGCCCGCCAACGCCACCACCGACACUCGCAAAGCCGGAGGCCAAGACCAGCCCAAGGAACCGUCGCGAGUCAUCGUAGACAUGCGCGAGUUCCGCAGCGAGCUCCCCUCCUUGCUCCACCGCCGCGGCCUGGACAUCGAGCCGGUCACUUUGGAAGUGGGCGACUACAUCCUGACGCCAGAUAUUUGCGUGGAGCGCAAAAGCGUCAGCGAUCUGAUCGGCUCCUUGCAGAGCGGUCGCCUCUACACGCAGUGCCUCUCCAUGAGCCGCUAUUAUAAGAAACCGGUGCUGCUCAUCGAGUUCGAUCCGGCCAAGCCCUUUUCCUUGACGGCCCGCUCGGACUUCCGACAGGAGAUCUCAGCCAGUGACGUUUCCUCCAAACUCACCCUGCUCACCUUGCAUUUCCCGCGUCUGCGCAUCCUCUGGUGCUCCUCGCCGCACGCCACGGGCGACCUCUUUCUGGAAUUGAAGAAGGGUCGGGACGAGCCGGACGCCGCCGCGGCUCAAGCCGUCACGGCCGAAUCCGAGGCGGUGGCCGAAUCGACGGAGCUCUACAACGCCGGGCCGUACGACUUUUUGCUCAAGAUGCCGGGGGUCGACGCCAAAAACUUUCGAGCUCUCGUAAGAAAUGCCGACAGCCUGGCGGAUCUGGCCAAACUGAGCCGGGAAAAGCUAACGGAAAUACUCCAGAAUGCCAAUAAUGCCAAAUUGCUCUACGAGUUCUUGCACAAUGUUGCGGAUGUUCAGGCUCCGGCGCAGAAGAAAAAAUAG